GAUGUACGCCGAAAUUGAGCUCAAGGUUUCUGACCCUGUUGUUAGAUUCUGUGAAACGGUCGUAGAAACUUCGGCAUUAAAAUGCUUUGCAGAAACUCCAAAUAAAAAAAAUAAGUUGACCAUGAUAGCCGAGCCUUUAGAGAAAGGCAUUGCUGAAGAUAUUGAAGCUGGUAAAGUGAACAUCAAGUGGCCAGUAAAAGAUAUUGCAAAAAUAUUUGAAGAGAAAUACGCGUGGGAUCCCUUGGCGUCACGAUCAAUAUGGGCGUUUGGACCUGAUGAAAAUGGACCAAAUAUCUUGAUCGAUGAUACUUUACCCACUGAGGUCGACAAAAAUUUAUUAAGUAGUAUUAGGGAUUCAAUACGCCAAGGUUUUCAAUGGGGUACACGUGAAGGACCAUUAUGCGAUGAACCCAUACGCAACGUAAAGUUUAGGAUAUUGGACUCUGUCGUAGCACCAGAACCAAUAUAUCGAGGUGGCGGUCAGAUAAUUCCCACUGCACGACGCGUUUGUUAUUCUUCAUUUCUUGCGGCUACACCCAGAUUGAUGGAACCUGUGUAUUAUGUUGAAAUUCAAGCACCAGCUGACUGUGUGUCAGCCGUAUAUACAGUUUUGGCACGACGCAGAGGACAUGUAACUCAAGAUAUACCCAAAGCCGGAUCGCCAUUGUAUACAGUCAAGGCUUACAUUCCUGUUAUAGAAGCAAAUGGCUUUGAGACGGACAUGAGAACUCAUACACAAGGACAAGCGUUCUGUCAACAGAUAUUUGAUCAUUGGCAGAUCGUCCCUGGUGAUCCAUUGGAUAAAAGUAUAGUUCUUCGCCCCUUAGAACCCAGUCCAGCUCAACAUUUAGCGAGAGAUUUUAUGGUCAAGACCCGAAGAAGAAAAGGAUUAUCCGAGGAUGUCUCAGUCAAUAAGUUUUUCGAUGAUCCAUUGUUGUUGGCUAUCGCACAAUCAGACGUUCUGGGAGGAUAUACACUUUCUUAA